AAAUUGCUCUCUCGGCUCCCAAUUGCCGAAGGCCACCGGAACACCCCGUCGCUUUCCGAUUCACCUUCUUGCCCGAUUCCGUGACGAAGAAUUCUCUUUCCUGAUCGAUCGAUUAGAAUCCGACCUCGAUCCUCUCGCUUGCGUCGGAGGAGAUCCAACAUCUCGAUGGCGAAGAGCCCCUUCAGACUCGAGCACUCCCUCGAAAAGAGGCAAGCAGAAGCCAGUCGUAUCAGAGGGAAAUAUCCUGACAGGAUUCCUGUGAUUGUUGAGAAGGCUGAAAGGAGUGCCAUACCAGACAUUGACAAGAAGAAGUACCUGGUUCCUGCAGAUUUAACGGUUGGACAAUUUGUUUAUGUUAUUCGAAAGAGGAUUAAUCUCAGUGCAGAGAAGGCCAUCUUCAUGUUUGUCAAUAACACGUUACCACCCACAGCUUCUAUGAUGUCUACCAUCUACGAGGCACACAGGGAUGAAGAUGGUUAUCUUUACAUGAUGUACAAUGGCGAGAACACAUUUGGUUCCUCUUACGACGAUAUGCCUGUAGAUUAAAAAAAAAUCAAGAAAGGAACUGUAUAUUCUCUCAGUUGUUUCUUGGAUUCCUGCUCUUUAGUUGUUGCCUAGUAAACUUGGGUUAUCAAUCUUUAACAUAAUUAACGCAUGUGGAGUUCAUUUCAAUUUAAUGUAUUUUUUAUAACUUGCCGAUGUGGUAA